AUAUUCCCGGCCGCAUAUCUCAUACAUAGUCUCAACUAUCUAACUAAGCUAGCUGCCAUGGCCACCUCGAAGCUUUUCUCUCUUCUCCUUCUGGUUUCCAUGGCUGUCGUCACACUGCAGACAGCCAUGGCGGCUGAUCCACUCUUCCAUUUCUGUUCAAACUCUGGAAACUUCACUCCCAACUCCAACUACCAGAACAACUUAAACCAACUUCUGGGUGACCUCUACUUGAAAACGCCGAUCAACGGGUUUGGUUCUGGCUCCGCCGGAAAAUACUACGACCAGACGUACGGCCUCUCUCUCUGCCGUGGCGACGUCUCCGCCGCAGACUGCAAGUCUUGCGUAGCCGACGCCGGUAGCACGCUACGUGACCGCUGCCCCUACAACAAAGGCGCUAUCAUAUGGUACGACAAUUGUCUUGUGAAGUACUCGGAGGAGGAUUUCUUGGGGAAGAUAGACAAUGGCAACAAGUUCUACAUGUGGAACGUUCGAGAGGUGAGCAACCCGGAGGCAUUCAACCAGAAAACAAAGGAGCUGUUGAGCGAACUGGCGGAGAAGGCGUACGGGGUGAAGAGUUUGUACGCGACUGGGGAGACGGAGCUGGGUGGGGGAUCGUCGACGGAGAAGCUGUACGGGUUGGUUCAGUGCACCAGGGAUCUCUCCGGCGAGGAUUGCAAGAAAUGCCUCGACGGCGCCAUUAGAGAGCUCCCAAGCUGCUGUGAUUCCAAAGAGGGCGGGAGAGUUGUGGGAGGGAGUUGCAAUUUUAGAUAUGAAAUUUAUCCUUUUGUCAAUGAUGCUUGAAAUUAAAUGCAAUCAAGAAAGUAAACAUGCUACACAGCCUACGGCUAGCUGCUUUCUUUUUCUUUAGCUUGUACUCUAUAGGAAAAUAAAUAAAUAAAUAAA